AUGAUUGCUUGUGCCUUUUGUAUUACUAAUCCAAAUGCAUGCAAAAAUCCUUCUUGGUAUGCCAGAUUUUGUUUACUACUUCAGGAAUUACAUCCCGAGAAUUUAUAUCGUAAUUCUGCAUCUUCGAAUAUAAAUGAAACAACAUUUUCAACAUCUGGAUGUGUGGUAGACAAUACUACACAUCGAUUUAGGAAUGGAAAUCAAGCAGCAAUUGCGAUGUUAGCACCAGCAGUUCAUAUCAUGCAUCAUGUUUGGAAAGGUAUGGCAUGGAUAACUGAAGAUAUUAGCGAAGAAGAAAGAGUUACAAACUUUCGAACGCCAUCAAUUUCGACACCAGAAGAUUCAGCUAGCGAAUGGGAUCCUAAAAAUGAUGUAAUUUUAUGA